CGGGCGCCCGGGCGGGGGGCGGGGGGCGGCCGGCGGGGGCGGGGCGGCCGGAGGAGGCGUUGGCAGCCGGUAGGGACCCACGCGGCGCCGCGGCCCGCCUGGCCUGCAGCGCUCCCACCCCCGGCGGCGACGGCACGAUGCCCUUUGACUUCAGGAGGUUUGACAUCUACAGGAAGGUGCCCAAGGACCUUACGCAGCCGACAUACACCGGGGCCAUCAUCUCUGUCUGCUGCUGCCUCUUCAUCCUCUUCCUCUUCCUCUCGGAGCUCACCGGAUUCAUAACCACAGAAGUUGUGAAUGAGCUGUACGUGGAUGACCCGGACAAGGACAGCGGCGGCAAGAUCGACGUCAGCCUGAACAUCAGUUUACCCAACUUGCACUGUGACCUGGUCGGGCUGGACAUCCAGGAUGAGAUGGGCAGGCAUGAAGUGGGGCACAUCGACAACUCCAUGAAGAUCCCGCUGAACAGCGGGGCGGGCUGCCGCUUCGAGGGCCAGUUCAGCAUCAACAAGGUCCCCGGCAACUUCCACGUGUCCACGCACAGUGCCUCGGCCCAGCCCCAGAACCCGGACAUGACCCAUGUCAUCCACAAGCUCUCCUUCGGGGACACGCUGCAGGUGCAGAAUGUCCACGGGGCCUUCAAUGCGCUCGGAGGAGCGGACAGACUCACCUCCAACCCCCUCGCCUCCCACGACUACAUCUUGAAAAUCGUGCCCACCGUUUACGAAGACAAGAGUGGCAAGCAGCGGUACUCCUACCAGUACACAGUGGCCAACAAGGAGUACGUCGCCUACAGCCACACGGGCCGCAUCAUCCCUGCCAUCUGGUUCCGCUACGACCUCAGCCCCAUCACGGUCAAGUACACAGAGAGACGGCAGCCCCUGUACCGGUUCAUCACCACGAUCUGUGCCAUCAUCGGCGGGACCUUCACGGUAGCUGGCAUUCUGGACUCGUGUAUCUUCACAGCCUCGGAGGCCUGGAAGAAGAUCCAGCUGGGCAAGAUGCACUGACCACCUGCCCGCCCGGCCGGCAAGGACCCAGGGCGACCGCCAGCCCUGCUCCAGCGCCCCGUCUCCUCCUGCCCUCUGUCUGGCCCAGGAUCUGGCUGCAUCCCAAAGUGGGGGUGGGGGGAGGUAGCAGGUGGCUCAUGGUUCCGCAGCUACCUCUCUUCCCCGUGCUUAAUGUUAGAUGAAUUACGCUGCCUGAAGUUGUGGUGCCCUUUCCCCUGGGGACCCCCAAGACCAGAGUCAGGCAAGGGGUGCUCGGGGAUGUUGGGGACCACUCCUGGGAGGGCUGUGGGACCAGCCCAGAAUUCCUGUCGACCAGCUCUCACCCAGGCUUUGACAAUCUCUCAGCCCCCACCUCUGGAACGCACGAGUCCCUUGGGUUCCCCCUUGGGCAGCCACCCGCAGACCUGGACUCGGCUCUGGACCAGGCUGCCCAGAGGUACCCCCCACCUGGCGCCUUCAACAAAGGAUGGUACUUCCCAGGCAGGUCCCUGAGAUGCGGCGCUGCAUGGGGGAGCCCUGGCUUUGGCCGCAUCCUCUCCUGCCUGGCCCAGAGCCCGGGCCAGGAGGCCUCACCCCCACGCCUUUCUUUCUCUCCCGAGAAGCAGAUGCCCAGUCACGGGGCGGUGGUGGGCUCCCUUCCUCAGUUCACCGUGUCCCUCUGGACCCCCCCCCCCCCACCAAUGUGCCUCAGCCCCCUGCUGUGUGACAGCAGCAUCUCCAGGCGGAGGGGCUGGUUGUGACCGGGAAUCAUCCUUCGAGAACCAGACAGGGUUUGUGCGCUAUGUCAGGCGGGAGCCUCUUUCUCUGUGGCCCUAAAACAAUCAUGUCGGCCUCUCCCAGCGGCUGCCAUCAGUCCCAAGGCCUUAGGUGGGGGAAGCAAUGCUGACCCACCCCCUCCCCCGUCUGGACGGCCACCUCCCGGCUCCCGAGGGGCGCCGGCCCCGGCCCUCUCUGCAGCCCUCAGUUUAGGCCCCUUGCCACUGAGCUUCCCAGGGGCUGGCCACACACCAGCACGUUCCUGGUCCCUGGGGCGGCUCCAUUGUCCCCCCACUUGCUCCUGAGGUGGGUCCCUAACCCUUCCUCCCCCCCCCCCCCCCCCCCCGCCAUCCUUCCCCUUUAGUCCUAAAAGGGAGGCACAGGGGUCCAGGCACAUGUCCACCCGGGAAUUUCAGGUAUGCCCUGUCCCAGGGAGAGCAGCCGGCUUCCCAUUUAGAUCAAGAUUGUUUGCAUACUUUUGUAAUUAAGGGGCGUGCCGGGGAAGGAGUUGUAACUUAUCUGUCUAGAUAGCUCAGUCUCUGCCAUUGGUAAUUGCUGGCUCCGGAUUCCAGUAGAACAGCUUCCCCGCUUGCAUGUGUGCUGACUGAUGUGCAUUUGGUUAUUUCUGGUAUCUCUGGCCACUUAGAUGGAUUUCUUUUCUUUUUUUUUUUUUUUUACAUUCUGUUCCCCAGUGACGAAGAGUCCCCUUUAGAGGGUGGGCGGGUAGGGCGAGGAAAUGUGUGGGGUGCACAGGCCUCGAAAUUCCACUUUGAUGCAUUUAAAGAAACAACACUCGUGAGGACGUAGGGGAUGUCAGGUUCCUAUGGAAGACACACCUCAGACCCAUUAUUAUAAACAGACAUCUCAAGGGGGGGAAUGUGUCCGUUCUUUCCCCACUCAUUGGGUUCAAAUAGAUUAAAGGGCUGAUUUUCAGAA